AUGGCUUCGGGCAUUCCCGAGGUCGACCUGGUCACCCGAGUCCAGGUUGACAACUCUGUUGUCGGCCAAAGCGAGAUCGAUGAAUCCCUAUACAGCCGACAGCUCUAUGUUCUUGGCCACGAGGCUAUGAAGCGCAUGAGCGCAUCCAAUGUCCUUAUUGUCGGCUUGAAAGGUCUAGGUGUUGAAAUCUCCAAGAAUAUUGCUCUUGCUGGCGUAAAGAGCCUGACCUUAUACGAUCCUGCGCCUGUCGCCAUCGCCGAUCUUUCCUCUCAAUUUUUCCUACACGAAGAAGAUGUUGGCAAACCGCGUGAUGCUGUCACCGCCCCUCGCGUGGCCGAGUUGAAUGCAUACACUCCCGUUGGUGUUCAUGAAUCAGCGAGUCUUGCCGAUAACUUCUCCCAAUUCGACAAAUACCAAGUUGUGGUUCUAACCAACACUCCCCUCCAUCUACAACUUGCCAUCGGCGACUACUGCCACUCGAAGGGCAUAUAUCUCGUGGUUGCUGAUACCUUUGGCCUUUUUGGCUCCGUUUUCUGUGACUUCGGCGAAAAGUUCACAUGUCUCGACGCCACGGGCGAGAACCCAGUCAGCGGCAUUGUAGCCGGCAUUGACGAGGAAGGACUCGUCUCUGCACUGGAUGAGACGCGCCAUGGCCUUGAGGAUGGCGACUAUGUCACGUUUUCCGAAGUAAAGGGUAUGGAGGGCUUGAAUGGCAGUGCCCCAAAGAAAAUUACGGUUAAGGGCCCUUACACGUUCUCCAUUGGGGACGUCUCCGGGCUUGGCCAGUACGAAAGCGGGGGUCUGUAUCAGCAGGUCAAGAUGCCGAAGUUUCUUGACUUCAGGACGAUCUCCACGGCCAUCCGCGAUCCUGAAUUCGUGGUUUCCGAUUUCGCAAAGUUCGAUCGACCUCAUCAGCUCCAUGUUGGAUUUGAGGCGUUACACGCUUUCGUACAAUCACAGAAUCGUUUACCUCGGCCAAUGAACGAUGAAGAUGCUGCCGUGCUUGUAGCGUCAGUCAAAGCAUUUGUUGAGAAGGAGAAGCUAGAUCUUGAGAUCGACGAGAAGCUUAUCAAGGAACUGAGUUAUCAAGCUCAGGGCGACCUUAAUCCCAUGGCCGCAUUAUUUGGCGGCCUUGCCGCUCAGGAAGUUUUGAAGGCUGUCUCGGGCAAGUUUCACCCGAUAAAGCAAUGGUUUUACUUCGACUCGCUGGAGUCGCUCCCCUCUAGCGUUGCACGUAACGAGGAGCUUUGCCGACCGAUUGGAUCGCGAUAUGAUGGCCAAAUUGCUGUCUUCGGAAAGGAAUUCCAGGACAAGAUUGGAAACAUCAAGCAGUUCCUUGUUGGUGCCGGCGCUAUCGGCUGUGAAAUGUUGAAGAACUGGGCUAUGAUUGGCCUAGGCGUUGGACCCAAUGGUAAAAUCAUCGUUACCGAUAUGGACUCGAUCGAGAAAAGUAACUUGAACCGUCAGUUCUUGUUCCGACCUAAAGAUGUUGGUCAGAUGAAGAGUGAUUGCGCUGCCAAGGCCGUGCAAAGUAUGAACCCCGAGCUCGUCGGUCACAUCGAAUGCUUGAAAGACCGGGUCAGUCCCGAGACGGAGAACAUCUUCAACAAGCAGUUCUGGGAGUCCCUAGAUGGUGUUACCAAUGCACUUGACAAUGUAGAGGCCAGAACUUAUGUUGACAGACGAUGCGUCUUCUUCCGUAAACCUCUACUAGAAAGCGGUACUCUUGGAACCAAGGGCAACACCCAAGUUGUACUCCCUAUGAUGACAGAAUCCUACUCAUCCUCGCAAGAUCCGCCUGAGGUCUCAUUCCCCAUGUGUACUCUCCGAAGUUUCCCGAACAAGAUUGAGCACACCAUUGCGUGGGCCCGCGAGCUUUUCGAGACCUCCUUUGUGAAGUCUGCCGAGACUGUCAACCUCUACCUGUCCCAGACUAACUAUCUAGACACAACACUAAAGCAGGGUGGUAACGAGAAGCCAACACUUGAGACAAUCCGCGACUAUCUCGUGACCGACAAGCCUCUAAGCUUCGAGGACUGCAUUGUUUGGGCGCGGAUGCUGUUUGAGAAGCAGUAUAACAACGCUAUCCAGCAGUUACUAUACAACUUCCCCAAAGAUUCCACGUCAUCCAGCGGUACUCCCUUCUGGUCCGGCCCCAAGCGUGCUCCCGAUCCGUUGAAAUUCGACCCUAAGAACCCUACGCACUUCACCUUCAUCGUUGCAGCUGCCAAUCUCCAUGCGUUCAACUACAACAUUAACACUAAGGGUACAAAUAGAGAUUUGUAUUUGCAGGUCUUGGAUAACAUGAUAGUUCCGGAUUUUUCACCUAAUGCUAGUGUAAAAAUACAGGCGAGCGACAAUGACCCUGAUCCCAACGCCGACAAGGGUUCUGCUUUCGACGACGAAAACGAGUUGGAGAAGAUUAUUUCCAGCCUUCCGUCUCCCAAGUCUGUAGCUGGAUUCAAGUUAACGCCGGUGGAGUUCGAGAAAGACGAUGACACAAACCACCAUAUCGACUUUAUCACAGCUGCAAGCAAUCUGCGAGCUGACAACUACAAGAUCGAGCAAGCUGAUCGACACAAGACCAAAUUCAUCGCUGGCAAGAUCAUUCCGGCUAUCGCCACCACAACGGCGCUGGUCACGGGUCUUGUGGUCUUGGAGUUGUACAAGGUGCUCGACGAGAAGAAGGACAUGGAGCAGUACAAGAACGGAUUUGUCAACCUUGCGCUACCUUUCUUCGGCUUCAGCGAGCCGAUUGCCAGCCCAAAGAUAGAAUACAUGGGACCGGAAGGAAAGGUCACGUUGGACAAGAUCUGGGAUCGUUUUGAGCUGGAGGAUGUCACGUUGAGGCAGCUCCUGGAUCACUUUGCGAAGCGCGGCCUUACUAUCAGUAUGCUGAGCUCGGGAGUGAGUCUGCUGUACGCCGGCUUCUUCCCGCCUGCGAAGUUAAAGGACAGAUACGCGAUGAAGCUGAGCCAGUUGGUGGAAACUGUGUCCAAAAAGCCCAUCCCCAAACACCAGACAGAACUGAUAUUUGAGAUGGUGGCUGAGGACUUGGAAGACGAGGACGUGGAGGCUUCCGCUUCUAAGGGCAUUGAUUGGUCUAAGCGCAACGACGAGAACGGCGAGUUCAAACGGCCCAGCAGCUCGUUCCGCGAGUGGAUCUCCAAGGAGCCCGGCGCAAGGUUCCCGCCCGAGAAGGGCCGGUACCACCUGUACAUCAGUUACGCUUGUCCGUGGGCGACGCGGACCCUUAUCGCGAGGAAGCUUAAGGGGCUCGAGGACUUUAUCUCGUUCUCUUGUGUGCACUGGCACAUGGGGGGCAAGGGAUGGCGCUUCCCUACCCCAGAAGACACAGAUGCGGAGGGCGAAAACGUGAUCCCCGACCCGCUGCCGGGCCACGAGAAGUACACACACCUGCGGGACCUGUACUUCGCGGCGGACCCCGACUUCGACGGGCGCUUCACGGUGCCGGUGCUGUUCGACAAGCAGACCGAUACCAUCGUCAACAACGAGAGCAGCGAGAUCCUGCGCAUGCUCGGCUCCGUCUUCGACGACCAGCUGCCGCCCGCGCAGGCAAGCAUAGAUCUGUACCCGGAGCACUUGCGUGAGAAGAUCGAGGAGGCGCAUGAGUGGAUCUAUAGCGAUGUUAAUAAUGGCGUGUAUAAGAGCGGGUUCGCGAGUACCCAGAGCGCGUACGAGAAGAAUGUAAAGGUGCUUUUUGCGGCGAUGGAUAAGGUCGAGAGGCAGCUCGAGGAAUCUGGGGGCCCGUUUUUCUUUGGCGAGGCGAUGACGGAGGUUGAUGUUAGGUUAUUCCCAACCCUAAUCCGCUUCGACCCGGUCUACGUGCAGCACUUCAAGUGCAACCUGCGCGACAUCCGCUCGGGCUACCCGCGCAUCCACGACUACACCCGCAACCUGUACUGGCGCCACCCCGCCUUCCGCGAGACAAACAAUUUCCUGCACAUCAAGAACCACUACACCCGCAGCCACGGCAACAUCAACCCGUAUGCUAUCACACCGCUGGGGCCGGUGCCGGAUGUGCUGCCGCUGGAUGAGGAGGUCGCUGCUGUGGGGGCGGCGGUUGCGAAGGCGAAGGGGAGGUCGUGA